UCGUGGAACUCCCGAAGAAAGCAGCGCAAUUUUCUCGUCCUUGCCCGCUCCUCCGCCCAGCGCGCUGCCUAGUACGAUGCUUCGCGGCACGGCAAUGAUCGGCGUGCUGCUCGCGUGCUCGGCCUACGUCGCCGUCCACGGCCUCAGCGUCUCGCACGGCCAGCAAGGCUCGCACUCGCGCGCGAUCGCCCCCUCGCCAUCCGCGGGUGGGCGCAAGCUCUUCGGCGGCUACUGGAUCGCGCCGAAGGCGUGCCGGCCGACGAACCCGGGCCGCCUCAAGUCCGACUCGCCGGCGGUCUGCAUGUUCAACUACGAGUGCAGCCUUCGUCGCGGCCAAGUGGUCGGCACCUGCAUGGACGGCUUCCUCUUCGGCGCCUGCUGCCAGCUGCCCUCGGGCGCCUCGCUGGGCGCCUCGCUGGGCACCCUGGACAAGGCGAGCCUGGCGGACGUCGGCGCGCACGAGAUCGAUCACGUGCCGGACAUCCCGAUCCUGCUGAACCCCGACGGCACGCCGGUCGACGCCCCGCUGGAACUGAGCACCAAGAGCGGCUUCGCCACCAAAGACGCGAUCGAGAACGCGGAGAAAACGCAGCUCGCGCAUGCCAAUCUGGAGGAGGGCUUCUCGGCCCUGCUCGGCAGCGAGCAGCUGCUGGACGAGCUGAAGCUGCCCUCGUUGCUGGCGCCGGACUCGAACAACAGCGUGCACGAGCAGACGCGCCCGGUGACCACGCUGCUGAGCCCGGACCAGAUCCUGCAGGUGGCCGACCCGGUGGACCAACUGCCCGCGCUCUUCUCGCACGGCCUGGAGGCCAACGACACGGGCGCCGAGACCAUUCUGCUCGACCGCAACGGCACCAGGCUGAACGAGACCAACAACCCGGACGAGGUUUUCAGGCCUUGGACGACGGCACUGCCGGCCGGAACCAGCACCAAGACCACGGACAAGACGAGAACCAGACUCAGCACCGAGAAGCUCAGCACGCGGACUACCGACACCACUCGGUCGCCGCCCAGCAAGAAGACCAGCUCGCCGCUGCCGGCGGCCACCAAGAAGAAGCCCACCGCGCCGGCCGGCACGAAGCCCGGCGCGACGAGGUACGAGUACGCGACCACGCCGAUGACACCGCUGACCACUCGCAACGCCGAUGACCUGGUGCGCAUAUCCACCAUCCAGUACUCCGGCCAGUCCGGCAACAAGAAGCACGACGAGGUCGACAACGAAGAGAUCGCCAUCAACCACAUCAUUUCCCUUCUCAACGACACUUCCGGCAGCGACCCGACGCCCAAGGUCACCACCGCUAAAGCGACCAGCCGACCACCGACCACGUACAAAUGGUCCAGCUCGGAGGCGUCGGCGAGGCCGACCCUCGUAAGACUGACGACACGUCCAACGUCAACGUCCAUCUACUCGUCACCGAAUUACUAUCACUAUAACUCACCACCUGUGACCGAACCAUCGCGUUUCACUUCGUUCUACACCUCGCCGGGAGCUUCAUCGUCGAGGCCAGCCUCGACCAAUUCGUACAAUAGUCGACCAACGACCAACCCACCGGCACCCACGGUCAUCGUAUUAGGACCACUGGACACGACAGAACCCGCUCAAAGUACCCCACCGGUGGGUAACAAAGUGAGCAACAACAACAACAUCAACUAUAAACCCACGAAGCCAUCACCCACCCACACCUCACUGACACACAACGUAAGCACCGUCGUAUCGAAUAACAACAAACAGGUGGUGCAGGUGAGUUUUAUCAGCGUCAAUCUCAAGGACGGCACCACGAGUAAGCCAAGCGCCGACGGUGUGAAAGUGGUCACCAAACGACCCUCGACUGUGUACACCACUCUAACGUCGUGGUCAGAAAAGCCGAGCUUUUACCUGAGGCCCGUUACGACUUCGACCGGCGGCGCAUCCACCAAGCCCGACUGUGAAGAUUCAGCCACCGCCGCGUCGGACGACGUGAAUAAUUUCCCACCCGUGAGACACCCGGAACUCAACUCCACUGUGGCCCAGGAGAAGCCGGAAGUCAUCAGUGCCGACGAGAUAUCGACUCCGGAUUUCGUCGAGGAUGCCGAGCUGAACAACAAGGUGGACGUCUUCGUCAACAAGAUUGUCGAUUCGCUGCAAGGAAACUUCCAGAAUCUCAAGGACGUGCUGUACAACCCCAAGAACGUCACGACGGUGACGAGGAGGCCGCAUACCACAACCAGAAGACCGACGACGAGGAGGCCCACCACGACGCCGAGCCUCGUCACGAGGAAACCGACGACGCUACCGACGAAGAAGGCAACAACGAAGAGGACGAAGCCAACGAGGAAAGCCACCACCGUCGCGCCGACCACCGAGCAGUUUUCCGCUGUGGAGACCGAGCCAACUACUCAGGCGCGACCCACCGAAGUCACAACUAAAAUUCCCGAGAUCACGCCCAACGCCAAGUUCAGGGACAUCUGCGGUAUCCGGCCGCUGAUGAAAACCGGCCGCAUAGUCGGCGGCAGGGGUGCGACCUUCGGCGAGUGGCCGUGGCAGGUGCUGGUGCGCGAGGCCACGUGGCUGGGACUGUUCACCAAGAACAAGUGCGGCGGCGUGCUAAUCACCGACAAGUACGUCAUCACCGCCGCCCACUGCCAGCCUGGCUUCCUCGCCUCGCUGGUGGCGGUCUUCGGCGAGUUCGACAUAUCCGGCGAGCUGGAGUCGAGGCGCAGCGUGUCCCGGAACGUGCGCCGCGUGAUCGCGCACAGCGGCUACGACCCUGCCACCUUCGAGAACGACCUGGCCCUGCUGGAGCUGGAGUCGCCCAUACAGUUCGAUCAGCACAUCGUGCCGAUCUGCAUGCCCGACGACAACGCGGACUACACCAACCGGAUGGCCACGGUGACCGGCUGGGGAAGGCUCAAAUACAACGGUGGCGUGCCCUCGGUGCUGCAAGAAGUGAAGGUGCCGAUAAUGGAGAACUCCGUCUGCCAGGAGAUGUUCCUCACGGAGAACCACCAGAAGAUUAUCCUCGAGAGCUUCAUGUGCGCGGGCUACGCCAACGGCCAGAAGGACUCGUGCGAGGGCGACAGCGGCGGCCCGUUGACUCUGCAACGACCGGACGGCAGAUGGAUACUGGUGGGCACGGUAUCGCACGGCAUCAAGUGCGCCGCUCCUUACCUGCCCGGUGUCUACAUGCGCACCACCUAUUUCAAACCAUGGCUGCACAGCAUCACCGGCGUCUGAUUCAACUCAAAAUCUCCUCUUUCCCUUCUAAUCUUCAAAUUUUGAGUCCUUCAUUCGUGCCACUUGUAUAAUAUUGUACAAAGACAAACAGAGAGACUAUUAUUUAACUUUAUUUAUUUUUUAUUUAUUAUUAUUAUUAUUGUACUACUCGCGUGUGACGAUGAUGAAUCUUCGUUAUUUUUGUUUUAUUUUUUUUCUUGUUUUGGUGCGUGCUUUGCGAUUGGUGCGAUUAAUUUCUGAACGCGUGCGUGCGUGUGUGUGUGUGUGUAUAUACAGCGAGAAGAGAACGAAAAACAAACGAACUAACUCGUCACCAUGCUGAAAAGAGAAAAAAUUAGAGAAGAUGAAGGCGCACGAGACUUUGUAUAAUUAAUUGUAA